AUGUCUCUCCGGCUCUUAUUCAGACGGCAAUAUGCGGUCCGUUCUGCAGAUGAUACGCAUAUCUUUGACCAAAUACGGUCUUAUAAGAAACCAUGGAUCAAUUGGAAAACUUGUGGAGUAUUCUUUGGAUUAGGCUGUUAUCUCCAAUACUCCGAAGCGAUCUUUGAAGCCUAUGAAAUUGCCACCGCCGUUCCUCAAGACCCAUUACUACCUGUUCAGCUCACAUACAAGUUGAAACAACUCCCCAUGUACCAGAAGUUGACCCAUCCCUCCAACAGCGACAACUGGACCAAGUACACCAGCUGGGAGAACCUAGAGAACUUUGAAUCUGUGAUGGAGAAGCUCAAUUUGGGUUUGGAGGAAGGCAAAUUGACCCAUACGUUACAUAAGGCCGGUGGCAUUGUCAUCAAACCAAUAACAUUCUUCAAUCAUAGUGCCAACGAAGGUGUAGCCUUUAUUCAUACUGGGUACAGAUUGUGCGGGUAUCCGUUCUUGGUUCACGGAGGGAUGAUAGCCACUAUUUUGAACGAACAGUUCAAGAGGAACGCCUGUUUGUCAGAAUUAACCAGUAGUCCGCUUAAGGACGACUUUAUGGUCAAGAGAUUGGUUAUAAACUAUAAGGCACCCACAGUUGCCAAUCAAUUUUUAGUAGUCAAGACUUCAACUAAGGAAUCGAUUGAUAAUAAGAAUAUUAUCUUGAAAUCAGUAAUGGAAAAUGAAAAGGGUAAACGGUUGGUAACUAGCGAAGCGAUAUUAGAAGACACAGGAAGAGCCAGUCAAAGAUUAGCUCAAUCAGAAACACAAACUUCCAAAAAGAAACGGUUUGGUAUGUUCUGA